UCCACUUUGUACAGUACAGUUAAGCCGGCACCGAAUAUUUCGUGUUUAAACCUGAAGCUAGCAGUAGCAUCGGCUACAGUAGACCGAUCUCUUUAUAAACGCCGUUCAUCCUUUUUCUAUCGUAUUAUUCACUCGAGCAUCGAGUUGCUUCGCUCUUUUUAUUUUCCUACUAUUAAAUUUUUAUCAGCGACAUUUUUCUCUCCUCUGGAAACCAUGGUGGCGUCGGGUCCGGCGCGCCACAUGAUGGCGGAGUUCAUCAAGUACCUCGGGAAUGAUCCCUACAUCGCCAUCCGCAUCCUGGUCGUCGUCGGCGGGGUGUUUGUGGCGCUGGUGCAGAAACUGAUCUGGAAUGUGUCCAUCGCGGAUUACAUGAACUUCCUGGCGCAGAACCCGUACUUCGGGGCGACGUUCGGGAUCAUGGGGGUGGGGGCGGGGUUGGCGUGUCUGCAGCAGAUCUGGACGAUCUGUCGGAGUUUCUACACGAGCUACAUGACUAGCUCCCUGCAGAUCCCCAGCACGGAUCAGAGUUUCAACUGGGUGCUGCAGUGGAUCUUCUCCCUGGAGAUGGAGAAUCAGUUCCAUAUCAGUGUCAACACCACGACGUCGCACAAUAAUUAUGGGCAUGAGUGCGGAGUGAAUUUUGAUUUUAUCCCCAAUGAAGGCGUCCAUUUCUUCCGGUUUAAUAAUCAAUGGGUCCAAGUCAGUCGUACCAAAACGCCCGGAGAUCGUUUGACCGGGAUGCGCUCUUUCGAAUGCAUUACGCUGACCGUCAAUAGUCGGGACACGUCCAUCUACAAAGAUAUCCUGAACGAAGCGCACAAAUACAGUAAGGCCAAGGAUGAAGGCAAAACGCAGAUCUAUUACCCAUCCGGCGGCUCGUGGUACAGCAACAACACGCCGCGCUACAAGCGUCCGUUGGAAUCCGUCGUCCUGGAGAAGGGCGUCGCCGAGAGUAUCAUGGAGGAUCUGGAUGAAUUCUUCAAACAUGCCAAGUGGUACUUGGACCGCGGUAUUCCCUACCACCGCGGUUAUUUGCUGUACGGACCCCCCGGCACCGGGAAGACCAGCUUCAUCACCGCGCUGGCCGGGCAUUACAACAUGGACAUCGGGAUUCUGAAUCUGAGUGACCGGUAUCUGACGGACGAUACCUUCAACCAACUGCUGACCAAUGCGCCGAACGGGUGCAUUUUGCUGCUGGAAGAUGUCGAUGCGGCGUUUGUUAAUCGCGAGGAGAAGAGUGUUGCCGACGCCGGUGUGGAAGCUAGCGAUGGAACCGUGGCUCAUAAAGGCGUCAACGCGCUGACCUUUAGCGGGUUCCUCAACGCUUUGGACGGAGUGGUUUCCGGCGAAGGCCGCAUUCUCAUUAUGACCACGAACUACAUUGACAGACUGGAUGCCGCUUUGGUACGUCCUGGUCGUGUGGACUUCCAGACCGAGAUCGGUUAUGCCAGCCGCUACCAAUUGGAGAAAAUGUAUGCCCGCUUUUAUCCGGAAGUGGGCAGUGCCGAAGCGGAGAGUUUCGCGGAAGAAGCAUACAAACUCAACCCGGAAAUCACGUUGGCGCAGGUGCAGGGACUGUUCCUGCGGCAUAAACACGAUCCCAAACAUAUUCGCGAUGAUUUCCACCUCUUGUUGAAAGCCAACGCCGGACCGAGGCGGCACAAUCUCUGAGAAAACUGGCAAAUUUGGUGAUAGUCAGGAUAAAGAAUCUGCGAUAAAAAUGAGUGUUUACUGAAUUCUGGAUCUGUUGGAAUUUUAUACCCUUUGAUUCGGUGAUGUAUCUCUGAGAAUUACCACAUUAGCGAAGCGCUCAUAUCCGUAGUAGUGCCUUUUAUCGUUUUUAUGCUGCUUUCUCGGACAUAUAUUUUCGCCUUUUUUUGCCACUCAACGCUUUUGCCAAAGCUUGAUUAACUUCCCCGAUACAUAGUACUUUCAUGUAUAGUUUGUUACUUUAUUUGGGUUUUGUUUCUUAGAAAAACCAAAUGGUUAUUCCUGUGGCAUUAAAAAAGUUUUUAUCAAAUAAAAUGCUACACGUGA